AUGGGACACCGGGACACCAGACAGCAGGACACCGGGAGAGGGCUACCGGGACACCGCACGGCCUCUCUCGCCCCCUCCCCAGAGGACCUGGCUCGGUUCCGGCGGGAUUUCUGCUCCCGCCUGUGGCUGACGUACCGGAGCGGAUUCCCGGCGCUGCCCGGGACCCCCCGCACCACCGACUGCGGCUGGGGCUGCACGCUGCGCAGCGCGCAGAUGCUGCUGGGCCAGGGGCUGCUGCUGCACCUGCUGGGCCGCGACUGGGUGUGGCCGGAGGCGCUGCUGGAGCUGGAGCCGGGGGGGUCCCGCAGGAGCCGCGACCCCCAGGGACGGACGCGGGACCCCCCGGGACGGACACGGCCCCCCCGGGAUGGACCAAGGGUCCCCCGGGAUGGACGCGGAUCCCCCAGGAGGACGCGGGACCCCCUGGGAUGGAGCCAGGACCCCCCAGGACGGAGCCAGGACCCCCCAGGGUGGACGCGACCCCCCCAGAAUGGGCAGGGACCCCCUAGGAUGGACGCGGGACCCCCCAGGAUGGACACGGAGCGCUCCAGGGGGACGCGGGACCCCCAGGGGCGGGCACGGGACCCCCUGGAACGGGCACGGGACCCCUCGAGACAGCCCCGGGACCCCCCGGGACAGCCCCUGGACCCCUCGGGACAGCCCCAGGACCCCCUGGAACGGGCACAGGACCCCCUGGAACGGGCAUGGGACCCGCUGGGACAGCCCCGGGACCCCUCGGGACAGCCCCGGGACCCCCUGGCAGGAUGGACACGGAACGCUCCGGGGGGACGCGGGACCCCCAGGGACGGGCACGGGACCCCCUGGAACGGGCACGGGACCCCUCGAGACAGCCCCGGGACCCCCCGGGACAGCCCCGGGACCCCCUGGAACGGGCACCUUGCUUUUCCCGGUGUCACCGCGUGUCCCCCCCGCCAGGAGCUGCUCCAGCUCCGCUCCUGCCUCGGCAUCAUCGGCGGCAAACCCCGGCACUCGCUCUUCUUCCUCGGCUUCCAAGGUGAUUCCCUGCUCUACCUGGACCCGCACCUCUGCCAGCCCUGCGUGGACACAACCCGGGAGAAUUUCCCUCUCCAGUCCUUCCACUGCUGCUUCCCGAGGAAAAUGUCCUUCGGGAAGAUGGAUCCCAGCUGCACUUUUGGAUUUUAUGCCCGCGGGACGGAGCUGGAGCAGCUCUGGGGGGACCUGGCCCGGGUGCUGGCCCCCCCCCGUUAUCCCAUCUUCACGCUGGCCGAGGGUCACGCUCAGGACCAAGCCCUGGACGCCCCCCCCGCGCCGCCCCCU